AUGGCAACUUCUAUUGAUCCUUUGGUGCUUGGAAGAGUAAUCGGAGAUGUGGUGGAUAUGUUCAUCCCCACCGCCACCAUGUCUGUCUACUUUGGCCCCAAACACAUAACUAACGGUUGCCCGAUCAAACCCUCCACUGCAGUCAACCCUCCCAGAGUCAACAUUUCCGGCAACUCCAAUGAGCUUUACACUCUCGUGAUGACUGACCCGGACGCACCUAGCCCGAGCGAGCCGAACAUGAGGGAAUGGGUCCACUGGAUUGUCGUGGAUAUCCCCGGAGGCACCAACCCCUCACAAGGGAAGGAGAUAGUGCCAUAUAUGGAUCCGAGACCACCGAUGGGGAUUCACCGUUACAUAUUUGUACUUUUCCGGCAGAACUCACCGGUAGGUAUGAUGGUGCAGCCGCCUACUUCGCGAGCCAACUUCAGCACCCGAAUGUUCGCUGGAUAUCUCCAUCUUGGUUUACCUGUGGCGACAGUUUACUUCAACGCCCAAAAAGAGCCAGCUUCCCGCAGACACUGA